AUGGCCCCGCAGUAUGCCGACCUUUUUCUGAGCCACCUGGAGCAAGACUUCCUCAAGAACUGCUCCCACUUCUACUGGCAUUUCUACAUAGGGGUGUCGAAUCCCAGCCCGGACGUGACCCGUUUCACUGCCGUGGGCUACGUGGACGACCAGCAAAUUCUCCACUACGACAGCGAGACGCGGAGACAGGAGCCGUGCCGGGACUGGGUGCAGCGGGCCGUCGACCCAGGCUUCUGGGAUGGAGAAACUGCACUCCUCUCCCUGUCCUGUGCCCCUUGGUUCGCAGCUGGAGCCGGCUUUGUACAGCCCAGUGCAGGGCGCGCGUGGCCUCCUGGCAGGGGUCUCUGGCCCAAGGGUCGAGGAGGGGCUGUGGCUGUAACGGGUGUCUCCUCCCUCCCAGAGCGCCCCGUGGCACAGGUGAGCGACCGUCCGUCAUCACGGGAUGGAUGCACCACCCUGUCCUGCCGGGUCCACGGCUUCUACCCCAAAGACGUGGCUGUCGUCUGGCUGCAGAACGGGGAGGCGCAGCCCCAGGAGACGAGCCGCUCGGGGGUCCUUCCCAGUGGAGACGGGACCUACCAGACCUGGGCCACCAUCGAGAUGGACCCGAGCAGCAACCACAGCUACACCUGCAGCGUGGAGCACGUGAGCCUGGGUGCAGCCCUGAGACUGGCCUGGGACAAGGGCAGGACGGAGUCCGACCCAGUGAUGAUUGUGGGCAUCGUUAUCGGUGCUGUGCUGGUCACUGCCAUGGCGGGUGCAGCGGUUUUCUUCCUCACUGAGCAGAGCCCGGUGGAGCGUGCACCUCGUCCUCGGGACCCUGUGGUGGAGGAGGAGAGGGAGCAGCACAGCAUCGUGCUGCAGCCCAUUUCCAAGUCAGAAGCACCUUUGUUUUUGCCUUGAAUUUGCCAGACAAAGCGCCUUGCUCCGGGACAGCAAGUAGCCCACGGGUGUUAUUUAAACCACUUGUGUCUGUGAGCUAGAAGCACUCAGCGCAGAGCAGUGCGUCAGUGCUGUAUUGCGGGAAGUGGCUGGGCAGUGGUUGUGACGGGUGGGAUUUGGGGCUGACUUGUAGCUGAGCGGCUGCUUGCCGAUCCUGGGCCACAGUUUGGUAUCGUGUGUUGCCAACGGGAGGCAGAGCUGCGAUGCCCUCGGAGCUGCUUGUGAACGCUGCGGUGAGCGGGCUGCACUGACGCGGGCAGCGUGUGGGUCGUGCCCUCCAGCCCCCUUGCUCGCUCCGUCCCGGGGCUGAUUGUGCAGUACAGCUCCCAGCCCCGUCUGCGCGGACUGAGCUGCUGUUCAACUUCUCCCGUUGCUUUUUGGUGCCCUGGUUGGCCCAGGGCGCAGCGUGCCGCUCCCCGUAGUCUGGGGCAUGGCUUGGAGAACAAAACCUCGGGGAAACGGGCGGCCUUCACCAUCCCCUCCCCGCAGGUCCCGGGACUCUGGCCGUGAUUCUGAUGAGCAGAGUCUUCUUCUCCAUCUUUUUUUUCCCAGAGGAGAGCGUUAACCCCAGGCAGGUUCGGGAGCUGUUCCUUGGGUCCUUCCAGCCCCACUUCCAGCUCAGGGGCGGGCGAUUAUUUCUGUUGGAGAACUGUUCUACUAGAAAUUUUUAAUUUGAUUAACGUUUAAUUUUAUUAUUACUUAUGUUGUGCACAAU